AUGACCCCCCUUGAGGUUAUACCCGCGGGGUUCACUAUACCAACUUACGGGCAAAAGGGUCUCUGCGGCAAGAAGUACACAAAACAGCUGGCAGCAGCCCUUCGCAGUCCAGACCCCCACGAGUUUGUCAGCCACUUGCCCAUUCAUCAGGAUGGCUCCUGCAAUGGCCUGCAACACUAUGCAGCGCUUGGACGAGAUGAAGUGGGUGCUGUUUCUGUCAACUUGGCCUCGAGCCAUACUCCACAGGAUGUCUACUCAGCUGUGGCAGUGCUUGUGGAGGAAGAAAGGAAGAAGGAUGCAGAAAUGGGGAAGGAGAUAGCCAAAGUCCUGGAAGGUUUUGUGAGACGAAAAGUCAUCAAACAGACUGUCAUGACAACUGUAUAUGGGGUGACUCGAUAUGGUGCUAGACUGCAGAUUGAGAAACAGUUGAAAGCCUUGGAUGACUUUCCCAUGGACCAGCGCUGGGCAGCUUCACAGUAUCUGGUACACAAGACAUUCCACAGCCUCGAGAAAAUGUUUACUGCCACCAAGGAGAUCCAGGAUUGGUUCACCGAGUGUGCACGUGUUAUUGCACAGACACGGAGUGAGAACAUAGAGUGGGUAACACCUUUGGGCUUCCCCGUGGUGCAGCCAUACAGCAAGACAUCGGGGAAUAAAAUCUGUAUGGAAAAGUUACCAUCAUCCUAUAGCAUGGAUUCAUUUAUGCGUCCAAACGUAAUGAAGCAGAAGAAUGCUUUCCCACCUAACUUCAUCCAUUCUCUUGACUCAUCACACAUGAUGCUUACCUCACUUUUCUGCCAACAAGCAGGUAUCACCUUUGUCUCAGUUCAUGACUGUUUUUGGACACAUGCCAACACAGUGGACAUCAUGAACAAGGUGUGUCGCAACCAGUUUGUAGCCCUACACAGUGAGCCUAUCCUGGAAGACUUAUCAUUAUUCCUCCAAGAGAAAUUUGGUUAUGAUCGCAGGUAA